AAAAAGAACUCAAAUCAAACACUAUCACUGAAUCUGGUGCAUUGCCUUGUGAUCAAAGGAUGAUGUACCGACAAGUAUGAACAAAAUACAAACUUUUAAAAGAAAAAAAAAUUGAUUCUUAGCUUCCUAGGACUGCGUGUGUUGGGAGAAGCCUUCAUGUUGUCUGGCUUCAAUUCGUUUUUUCUUCCAAUUUGACACCUACCCGUCUUCAUCCCUUCAAAAAUCAACUUAUCUCGCUGCUUUACGCCAAAAAAAAAACAGACCUCAUUUCAGUUUAUUCCCAUUUCUCCUCUGUUUCUCCUUUAUAAACCCUUUUCAGCCCCCAAAAUUAGCGAUUGAACCCUUUUGCCCAUCUGGGUUUUAGUUGAUUUUAGUAGGGUAAUCGUCUAAUCUUAAGGGGAUGCCGAAACUGGUUUUGAAAGGGGGAACUAGGCCGCCAUGGGUUGGCUUAGCUGCUGCUGUUUGGGUUCAAAUAGCUGGUGGUUCUUCUUAUAACUUCUCUCUUUAUUCACACUUGCUUAAAUCUGUUCUGGGUUUGAAUCAGCAGCAGCUUACUGUGUUGGGUGUGGCUAAUGACAUUGGAGAGAGUAUGGGUUUGGUUCCUGGCCUCGCUUGUAACAGAUUUCCUCCAUGGGUUAUACUUUUGUUUGGUGCUUUCUGUUGCUUUAUAGGUUAUGGAGCUAUUUGGCUUGCUGUUAGUAGGACUGUCCCUAAUCUGCCUUAUUGGCUGCUAUGGCUCACACAUUGUAUUGCUACAAAUAGCAAUGCAUGGUUUGGAACAGCUGUGCUUGUAACCAACAUGAGGAACUUCCCUCUCAGCAGAGGUACCGUUGCUGGCAUUCUUAAAGGUUAUGUUGGGCUUAGUGCUGCUGUAUACACGGUGAUAUACAGUUUGGUGCUCAAAAAGUCUGCUUUGAAUUUACUGUUGUUUCUUACAAUUGGGAUACCCAUCUUGUGCCUAGCGUUGAUGUACUUUGUUCGACCUUGUACUCCGGCUUCAACAGAGGAUCCAUCUGAGCGAGCUCAUUUUCUUUUCACACAAGCUGCUUGUGUUUUGCUAGGUCUUUUUUUAGUAUCGACCACAAUUCUAGAUGCAACAACGACCCCUAGUGAUGCCGUUGGAUACACCUUAGUUGCCAUUAUGGUUAUCCUUUUAAUGUCUCCUCUUGCAGUUCCCAUAAAAAUGACCAUUUGUGCAAAAACAAAAACAGUUGGCCCUCGAGUUGAUUCUUCAGAACCUUUGGCUUCUGGAGGAAGCGAUUCUUCCCAAAUUGAACCUUUAUUGACACCAUCUUCCUCAGCUACGAAUCUCGGAAGUUUCUAUGAGAAUGAUGAUGCAUCAGAUGUUGAAACCCUUCUUGCUGUGGGAGAGGGGGCAAUUCACAAGAAGAAAAGAAGACCUAAAAGAGGGGAAGAUUUCAAGCUCCGUGAAGCUGUAAUCAAAGCUGAUUUCUGGCUGCUUUGGUUCUUGUACUUCCUCGGGGUCGGUCCUGGAAUAACAGUUCUCAACAAUUUGUCUCAAAUUGGGAUUUCGUUAGGCAUUAAUGACACAACAUUGCUAUUGGCUCUUUUCAGCUUCUGCAAUUUUGUUGGUCGUUUAGGCUCCGGUGUAAUUUCUGAACACUUUGUCAGGUCAAGAAUGAUACCUCGCUCGCUAUGGAUGAUGUUUGCACUCGUACUCAUGUCUAUAGCAUUCCUCCUGUAUGCCUCCGGCCUCACAAUUACUCUCUACAUCGCCACUGGUCUCACUGGAAUCAGUUACGGAGUUCUUUAUUCUAUGAUGGUCCCUCUUGCAUCUGAGAUUUUCGGCCUAAAGAAUUUUGGCGUCAUCUUCAACUUCAUGCAGCUGGGGAAUCCAAUAGGAGCAGUCCUUUUCUCAGUUCUACUCACCAGUACUUUAUACGACAAAGAAGCUGCUAUGCAAGGUUCGAUAACCUGCAUAGGCCAACAGUGCUUCAGGACGACUUUCUUCAUCCUUUCGGGUGUCGCUGGGUUGGGUUCAAUCGUGAGCUUGAUUCUGACUAUCAGAUUAAGGCCAGUGUAUCAAAUGCUUUAUGCUGGUGGCUCGUUCCGCUUGCCUCAAAGUUCAGGUCAUUGAUGUUUUGUAGAUGGCUUGAAACAUCGUGCUACAUUCGUCGGUGCGAUGCUUUAACUUAAGAGUUGAAAAAUCUGCAGCUUGUUUUUGCAGCAUAAUAUCUUUUGACAAGUGAUAAAUUUUGUGUAACUUGAGAAUUUCUCUAUAGGCUUUGGCCAACUUGUAUUCUCUGAGUUGAAUAACUAAUGUGUGUUAGGGUUCUUUUCUCUUUUCUUUUCUUUUUCAAUAAUGUAUGUUGUGUUUGUUA